UGUUAGUGAAUGUUUCCAUAUUGCUGUACUUCAUCAAAGCACCAUGUCCAAGCGUCUAGAUGCUACCGCUGAUGAGAACAGUGCCUUUCCGAUGAGAAACCAAGUGACUAAGGUUGUAUAGGCGUAAAAGACUUGGUUUUCGGGGCCCUUCUAGUAUAUAUAACAUGUAGCUUACAGUAGAACUAUCAUACCUCUCUCUCUCUCAUCCAGCUUUAAAAAGCAUCAUCAAUCAAGGAGAGAAGGAUCAGAGCCAAAUAUCUUCAAAUCUAAAAUCACCACCUACCCACACAAUUCGCCGCAACGCAAUCUCCAUACCUCUAAGUAGCGAACCCGGAAAUAGCCAAGAUGUGCAGAACGUGUGCUGUCUUAGUUCAGGUCAACCACAGCUGCGGCCACCAGCUACUGCUCGUCAAGGGCGGCGCCAAGUUCUGCCUCUUCCACUCCCACGGGGAGGCGGACUUCCACAUGGCAACCAUCGCGUACGCGAGUCGGCCGACGGACUAUACCUGCGAAGACUGCGCCUUGCGCGAGGAGGCGACGGCGAGGGGAAUCCACGGGGAGGCGAGGCGCGCGUUCCUCCGCAAGCGCCUGGCGAACAGCCGGGAGGCGCAGUCGAAGAGCGACGCCCGGUGGUACCUCGACGCGGCGGCGCAGAGCCAGCAGGGCGUCGACGACGCGAAGAUCGCGGAGCUGCAGAAGCGCGUCGAGAGCCAGAUCAAGUACUACCUGGGGCCGAAGGGGAGGGGCAAGCGCGCGGAAUCCACGGCCGACAAGGCCAUUCUUCUGAAGACCGUCCUGCAGGUGCCCGACGUCCUCGACCGCCAGGCCCUUGUCGCCGCCUUCGGCACCUCCGUCGUCUGGGACCAGGAGAAGAAGGAGCGCAGAUUCAUCCCCGGCGGGCAGAUGGCGGCGCUCAAGGCCAUCGCUCGCAAGGCGAACCUGCUCAGGAGCCUAGAGACGGGGUUCAAGUCGAGACCUUCUGACGUGUGAGAUACCUAAUACCUACCUGGCUGUAGGUUAGGUAUGCGAGGGGUUGUUUUGAGAUUUAAUGAUAUUUCUUUCUUUCUUUGGGGGUUGGAUGAUCGCCGUAUUACACUGAGUGGAAUAUCGGGAGAGAGAAAUCCGUAGUUGUUUAGGUACCUUCUUAAUAUGAAAUAAAUGUUCCUCUGCUUCCCAUCCUAUUUUCUAUACAACUGUUAAUAUUAUAUUUGAUCAAACCAUGAAUUAAACAUUAUAUGGGUACCUAUAUACUUCUUUAUCCACCAUCGAGUUUUCUAAUUAAUUCUAUAU